AUGCCCCUGUCAGAUAUGGACCAGGAUAUCACACCUAUCCCCCGUUCGCGGGAAGAGAACCAAGAGAGAGCCUUUAUUGCUGCAUCACGGAGAAAGGAUCGCAGCUUAGACGCUCGUCUAGAAUCUGCUAAUCGGGCUUCUAUGCUGCAUAAGAAGCGUACGGGCAAGGCCUUCCACAUCACCAAGGAGAUUGUUGAGAAAGAAGCCAUGUACGAAGAGGUCGAUGAGCGGUAUCAAGAAAAACGCAUUCUCAUGCUGCAACGCCAAAAUGAGCAAAUCGAAGACCAAUUCAAAAACCAUCUACUGGCCGCCUUUGCAGCUCGCGCUCAAUUCAAUGCAUCCUCCAUCCACAGCCGACGAGCAAGCCAUAUGACUCCACGCCCAUCAGUCAAUGGAGUCAAUGGAGUCAAUGGUGGUGCCCGCAAAAUGAGCCUGGAUCUGUCCAACAUCCGCUCUUCCUUCUCCCAGGGCUCAGGCUCAAUGGCCAGUCCGAUGACAACGGGUGAUGGCUACGUACUAUCGCCCACGGCAUCAUACGACCCGAAUGCCCAGCCCUACACGGCCUACAUGAACGGUUCCCAGACACCAUACUCCGAUAUGUUCUCUGCCUCAACAGGGGCCCCGUCUGGACACAUCCCAGCCUACAUGAACCAACAAGCCUCAGCGCCAACCUGGAACCCCCAAGUACCCUCAUGGACCCCGAUGCAACAGCACAACCCAACCCCUGCGCAAACCCCCACAGACACACACGCCGUGCAAAUGUGGCAGCAGCAAAUGAUGCAGCAGGCUCAGAUGCCUGACACCGCAACCCAAAUGCAUCAGUUCAGAGAUCGCCUGGCGUCCGCACCAGAGUUGCCUCUGCAGCACACACCGGCCCCACACAUUCCCUCAGCAUCCAUUUCUGGCCCCACCGGCCAUGGUCCUAGCCAUGGUCAUUCGCGCGGCCAGUCCCAGCCAUCGAACAAUUUCCACAACCUCAACCUCCUUACUCAGAGUACACACAUUUCUCACCCCCAGGUGGCCCCCUCCAGUCUUAGCUCUCCUAAGAUCGAGGCCCUCUCAGCCGGCACUCACUCCACACCUGAUUUCUGUCCCACUCCCAAUACCCCACUGUCACCAACGACUGUUACCGCGCAUGCUACCAUGUCGCAUGGUGGGAAGGUUGACGGUGAUGGUAUUAUGGUCUCUCAUGAGGGGAUGGAUCCUGAUUUCACGGAUUUCAGUCAGUUUGCUUUCCAUUUGGGUAACCCAACUGUCCCGCUUUCCGAUCGUGACCAGCCUUUUGGAUUUGACGAUCUUCUCGCUGUUGAUGAUUUCACCAGCGUCUCUUGUUAA